CUCUGCUUCUUUCUCCUUUCAAGAAUCAAAGAAAAUCCCAUUUCAUGGCUUCGACGAGAGGCGAUCUUCAGCACUCCGGAACUGAAGCAGAGCAAGAACCACCGGACAAGACGGCGGAAACUAAUGACAAAGAUGAUAAGAAGAAGAAGAAGCAGCGCGUGGUUCUCAAUCCUGCUGACUGCGACUUAGAUUUUAUUAUUGAAGAUGAUCUUAUAGGGUCAGCACGCCAUGAUCAGGGGUUUGCCUAUUGCUGGUCUGGUGCUCGUGCCAGUGUUGGAAUAGCUGUAGGGAAGUAUUGUUUUGGCUGCAAAAUUCUUUCUACUCAACCAGUUGAAAUGGAAGAUACUCCCCCUGACCAGCAGCAUGUUUGCCGUCUCGGCAUUUCCAGGGGGGGUGUUGAAGUGGGAAGCCUUGGUGAAACUAAAAACAGCUUUGGGUUUGAGGGCACAGGGAAGUUUUCUAAUACUAAACGUUUCUCUGAUUAUGGUGAAAAGUUUGGGGUUGGAGAUACAAUUGUUUGUGCGGUGGAUCUUGAGAGUAAGCCACUGGCUUCCAUUGGGUUUGUCAAGAAUGGGAAAUGGUUGGGUACUGCAAAGCAAUUUAAUACUGAUCCAGAGGAUCUUGAAGUGGUGGAUUCCGCUCUUAGGAAGCUUCCAUGGCUAUGGGCUGUCUUUCCACAUGUUUUGUUAAAAAAUGUUGUUGUUCAAUUGCAAUUCAGUAUUGAAGAUGGACUGAUUCCUGAAGAUGGUAUAGCUUGGGCUUCUGCUUUUGAAGAUGGAAAUGUGAUUAAGGGACCGGAUUUUCCCAGUGAGACAGACUGCGAAGUGAUUAUGAUGGUGGGAUUACUUGGGGCGGGCAAGACCACUUGGGCAAAGAAAUGGAUUAGAGAACAUCCUGAGAAGCGUUAUAUCUUUCUGGGAACAAAUCAGGCUCUGAAACAAAUGAAGAUUAGGAGAACCUAUGGUGAAAUAUUGCAUCCCUCGACAGAUCGAGUAGAUCAAAUAUCUGAUUCCCUCAUAUCAAGGGCUGCCAAGACCCGUCGCAAUUAUGUUUUUGAUCAACUAAAUAUCGGCAGGAGUACACGCAAUCAUAAACUGGGACUAUUUUUGAGGUUUCGCAAGAUUGCGGUUGUGGUAUUCCCAAAGCCAGAGGAGCUAAACCUACGUAUCGCUAAAAGAUUGGAAGGGACGGGAAGGGAGUUACCAGCAUAUGAAGUAAAUAACAUGCUAGCCAAAUAUACUUUACCUCUAACCAAGAAUAUGCCCGGCUCAGAUGAGUUGUUUGACGAGGUGAAAUUUGUUGAACUUGACAGAGGAGAGUCACAGCGAUAUCUGGAUGAGAUGAAGCGUUCUGUUGAAUCUGCAUCUGUACCUUAUUCUCAGCAAAAUUCUGUAGGGUCAUUCGAUAGUGGUUCAUCAGUUGUUGAAGGGCAUUGGCAUCCAAGCUUGCAUUCAGCGCCCCCUCUGUUGAACUAUGGCUACCAAAUGCCAAACCAAGUGUACUUAAUUUACCCAGGGGUUCAAGCUUUACCUGAAUGGUAUCAGUUAUAUCAAGUUUCACAGCAACCAGUUCCUUAUGGGCCAUAUCCAUAUAAUGGAAGUAGUAGCAUUCCAGGGGAAAAUGUGUACUCAACUUACGCAGGGGUUCAAGCUUAUUCUGAUUGGGAUCAGGUAUAUCAAGUUCAACAGCAACCAGCUCCUUAUCUACAUAAUGGAAGUAGUAGCCUUCCAAGGGAAACUGCUGGUUCCUUUGGGAGUUAUCAUCCUAUACCUGGUGGUGGAAGUAACCAUUAUCAGAGCCCCUAUAAUGGCGUGGAUAACAUUCCUGGCCGUCCUGCUAGCUCCUGUAGUAGUAGCAUGGUUGAACCUUUCCAGUUAGAAGUGACUAUCAUGUUGGGCAAUGCAGCAGUGGUGGUGGCCUAGAACAUGCUAGUUUUCAAGAUUCAAGACCACCUAUAUUUGAGCAGAGUCCUCCGCCUUCCACAGAUGGUGGUUAGAAUUUCUAUUGCAGAAACUGGCUCUCGUUAUCCAACUCCUCGAAUGCUCCCCUCCGAAUAUUCAGCACAUUAGAGGAUAUCCCCCGUCUCAUCCAUAGGACUACUGACUGCCGACUACUCUACGGGUUGCUGGCAAUUUCAUGAAGUUUCAGAAGCUACUUCGCCGUCUGUUGAUUGAAGUGAAUGGACAAACACACUUCAUUAACACCUGAUUUUUGUUAAAAAGCCUUAACAUGACAAAUCAGGCUAUCCUUAGCUCCCUCUCUUAGAAACAUACUAACAGUUAUGGUUGUGUACAAAUAUCAAAGGAUGUAUAAACUCCAUACUCUAGAUUGAUCUUAAAACGAACAUGUAAUCGCAAAAAGUAAAUAGAAUUAGAGAUGGGAUUGAAGAAUAAUUCCAGGCAUUUAAGCAUAAAAUCUAGGUGCCAUGACCGCUCUUUGCCUUGUAUGCUGUUCAUGAAUUGGAUGUAAGGAACAAAGGUCCACCCAGAAAUAUACCAGAAUUUGCCCUUUGCCUAGUGCAAAAGG